GACAUGUUAUAGGUGUUGUUUCCAAUUUUGACAGUGUUAUGACUGAGUAUCACCAGAAGUUGAGGACCGGCACUUUUAUUGUUUAAGGUCAAACACCAGGUGUCAAUGUCUCCGUCUCUGGCCAGAUCUGCUCCGAGCGAGCUCAACCAUUGGUGGAGCCAGCUGAGGUUUCGCCUUCAGAACAAGAAAGGAUGGAACGAGAUGUUGGAUGAGACGUUUCUGCUCCACAGUAAAUACAUAAAUGACAUUCCUCUGUUCUACGCGUCUAAACAGAACAGUGUAGGCUGCAUCAAGAAACUGCUGAGCUCUGCAUCCACUAAUAUCUUUGAAAGAGGUGCUCUUGGGGAGACAGCGCUUCAUAUCGCCGUGAUGAAUGACAACCUGGAGGCUGCUGUGGCCCUGAUGGACGGAGCCCCUGAACUCAUCAACGAGCCCAUGACCUCUGAGCUUUUCCAAGGCGUUACUCCUCUCCACAUCGCUGUGGUGAAUCAGAACACCAAUCUGGUCUAUCACCUCAUUAGUCGAGGUGGUGAUGUGGUUACCCCUCGAGUCACCGGCUUGUACUUCAGGAAGAGGAUAGGAGGACUCAUAUACUACGGUGAACACAUCUUGUCUUUUGCUGCGUGUGCUGGGAGCGAGGACAUUAUCUCCAUGGUGAUCGAUGCAGGGGCCAACACCAGGGUCCAGGAUUACCGAGGCAACACAGUGCUUCACAUUUUAGUUCUGCAGCCCAACAAGAUGAUUGCGUGCCAGGCCAUUGACCUGAUUAUGGCACGCGAUGCAGAGCUGGACCAGUCACUACCACUCGACAUGGUGCCCAACUACCGAGGCCUUACACCUUUUAAACUGGCUGCCAAAGAGGGCAACAUCGUGGCAUUUCAGCACCUGGUUAAUAAAAGACGUGUAGUCCAGUGGAGUCUGGGCCCUUUGACCUCCAACCUGUAUGACCUGACCGAGAUUGAUUCAUGGGCCGAUGACAUGUCAGUGCUGGAGCUUAUUGUGGGCAGCCACCAGAGAGAGGCGAGGGGGAUACUGGAGGUGACCCCUGUGAGGCAGCUGGUCAGUCUGAAGUGGAACUUGUAUGGAAAACAUUACUUCAGGCUGCUGCUGCUUCUGUAUCUGCUGUACAUCGUGAUUUUCACACUGUGUUGUGUAUAUCGCCCCCUGAAGGACGCUCCGGAGAACUACACACAGUCAGACAUGGACAAAACAAUCCGGAUCCAGAAAACACUCAAUGAGAGUUAUGUGACAUAUGAGGACAACCUGCGGCUGGCAGGAGAAGUCAUCAGCGUCCUAGGAGCUUUUGCCAUCUUGUUGCUGGAGAUCCCUGAUAUACUGAGAGUGGGAGCAAAGCGCUACUUUGGCCAGACAGCUCUGGGAGGCCCCUUCCAUGUCAUCCUUAUCGGCUACGCCUGCUUGGUGGUGCUGCUGUGUGUGUUCAGAGCCUGCGAGGUGCAGGGGGAGGCCGUGGUGAUGGCAGUGUGUUUAGUUCUGGGCUGGUGCAACGUCAUGUUCUUCGCCCGAGGUUUUGAAAUGCUCGGCCCUUAUGUCAUCAUGAUACAGAAGAUUAUAUUUGGAGACCUGACAAAGUUUAUGUGGCUGACUGUCAUUGUGCUCAUUGGUUUUUCCACCUCCCUGUGGAUGGUGUAUAUGACCCAGGAGCCUGACGCCAUCCCUGCAUAUCGCUCCUUCCCCAUCACUCUCUUCUCCCAGUUUGAGCUCAGUGUAGGCCUCAUAGACCUGCCUGUUGAACAUACCAUCAUUACACCCCCGAUCGUUCAUGUGGUUCACUGUGCCUUCUCUGUGGUCUCCUACAUCCUGCUGCUAAACCUACUGAUAGCUAUGAUGAGCGACACACACUGGAGGGUGGCCCAGGAGAGAGAUGAGCUCUGGAGAACCCAGGUGGUGGCCACAACUUUGAUGCUGGAGCGGAGGCUGCCACGCUGCCUGUGGCCUCGACUCGGGGUGUGUGGGAUAAACUAUGGCCUGAAGGAGCGCUGGUAUCUCAGGGUUGAGGACAGAAAUGACUCAAUGUUGCAAAAGAUGCGACGAUACAUCAAAGCUUUCUCCAAAGAGGAUGAAAAGGAAAUGGAUGGAUUGGAGAAGACUGACACAAUAAAGGGGCCGAGCACAGGAACUCUGAACCUCAGACCCAAAAACAGAGGAGGGUUUAACAGGAGGACUCUGACAGGCUGGCAGAUGAUUCGCCACAGCGCUUUGGGUAUGGAGAUGGAGCAGGAGGACCCAGAGGAGGACCAGGACAUUAAACAUGUUUAGAAUGAGAUUCUGCCUGAGCCUGACGUGCUUUUUCUGAGGCUUUCCAUCAUCUCACAGUCCUGAACAUAUGAAGUAGACUUGAAGAGUUGAUGAAUUUCACUGAACUAACUUGCGAGAAGACUCAACAUUCUCAGUUUCUCUAUAUAGUCCGCAGUGCAACUAUUCCUGCAGUAUUAUGCUAUAGAAAAGUGUGUUAUUUUUAUAGCAAUGGAAAAAAUGUGUAGCAGUAAUAUAUACCAAGCUAAAACAGUGGAAUGUAGACAUUCAACUUAUGUAGAUGCAUGACCAUUUUUAUAUGAGAAUAAAACCUUGUUGA